GGGGAGGAGAGAGAGAAAGAGAGAGGCGUGCACCAUGAGAGAGUGCUUUGGCUACAGGAAAGUUCACUCCACAUUUACCCUGUCAUGCAAUAGGAGAGGAUAUCUUCUCUACGUUUCUUCUCAACAAUUUUCAAAACUUCAGAACUUGCGUGUGGAUUUUUGCUUCUACUGAGAUCUAUACUCUUACCAAGGACUACAGCUUCAGUCUUCACCCCACAUUCCUGGACAUGAAGUGUGGAAAGGAGUUGCUUCUACUUGGGGUUAUGUGCGUGGUGGCAAAAUCCAUCACUAGCUGUCGAGAUGGAUUUGUCUCACAAAGAAAUCGCUGCAUCGAUUACAAUGAAUGUGUUGUUGACAAUCCAUGUCCACAGCAUUCACAGUGCUUUAACACAAAUGGUAGCUACUAUUGCCAGUGCUUGAGAGGAUACCGAGAACGCAAAGGGAGGCAGAAUUUUAACCACGAGGGACACUGUGAAGAUAUCAAUGAGUGCACAGAACUUUCAGGGACAUGUGGAUUUGGUGCCACUUGUAUGAACAACAUUGGAGGCUACAACUGCACCUGCCGUUCUGGAUACGUCAAUGACACCACGGAUCUUCCACAGGGGGUGUGUGUAGAUAUUGAUGAAUGUGCAGAUGCCAAACUAAAACAAGAAGACAUCUGUGGCAAUGGGUAUUGUGAGAAUCUGAAUGGGAGUUACUGGUGCAAGUGUCCACAAGGCUACACAAACUAUGGGAAGUGGAGGACUCCGUGCUCAGAAUUGGACUGUGAGAGCUUCAAUGCACCAGAAACUUCUCCCUCUCCGUCACUUAGCGGCCUGGCAGCCAUUUUCUCCAUGAUGAGGAACAGCUGUUUGGCUCUGUCCACCUCUACAGUGCCUGAUGAGGGGAAGGCUAAUGGAGAGGCGCUACUGGAGAAAUUUUUCACCGCCGCAGAGGCACUCCUGUCGCCCAUGCAGCCACUGGACAGGGGCGAGGACGUGACCGACCUGCUGCAUACGGUGGAGGACUCCAUUAGGUUUAUUGGCCCACAGCUGAAGCAGAAGACCAACAAGAUAGAGACCACAGAGACAGAUGCUGAGAUCGCAGUGCAGAGGGGCGACACCCGACCAACUGGAGCAGUGAGUCUGAUCAAUGAAAAUGCACGACUGGAUAUGGACUGGGCCGCAGCAUCUGGGACAGGCCCUUAUCCUGGGUUUGCCAUGGCCGCACUGUUGAGUUAUAAAAACUUAGACAAAUAUGUGAAACAAUCUUUUGAUGAGCUCAAAGAACAGGAAGAAGGCAAAACAGAUCCAACGUUUCAGAUCAACUCUAAAGUGGCCUCUGUUGUUGUGUCCAACCCUUCCACUCAAAACCUGAGCCACCCGGUCUACAUCACACUCAAACAUAUUAAGGCCAAUGAGGCGUCUGAAGUGCUGAAGUAUAAGUGUGUGUACUGGAGUGAGAGAGGGACCUGGUCCACAGAUGGCUGCAGGGAACACAAGUCUAAUGCCACAUACACAGUCUGUCGCUGUGAGCAUCUGAGCAGCUUCGCCGUCCUCAUGGCCCUGUAUCCUAUGGAGCACACAUUUGGCCUCCAGCUGGUGACAAAGAUCUGCCUGGUCAUCUCUCUCGUGUGUUUGAUCCUUUGCAUCUUCACAUUCUCGUGCUGUCACUCCAUAAAAGGGACACGGACCACCAUCCAUCUGCACCUCUGCAUCUGCCUCUUCAUCGCUGACCUGGUCUUCCUCGCUGGCAUCUCACAGACUAAACCAGUGGGUGGCUGCCGGUUUGUCGCCGGUCUGCUCCAUUACUUCUUCCUGGGGGUCUUCACAUGGAUGUUGUUGGAGGGAGUGCAGCUGUACCGGAUGGUGGUCCUUGUUUUUAACGCCACACUGCGACCUCUUUACCUCUACACCUUUGGUUAUGGGGCGCCCCUCGCUCUUGUCACAAUGUCUGCCAUCAUUAGACCCGAGGGAUACGGCACGGACCAGUACUGCUGGUUGUCCCUGAAAGAUGGACUAAUUUGGAGCUUCUUUGGCCCAGUGUGCGCCAUAAUCAUCAUGAACGUCUUAUUCUUCAUCGUUACUGUGUGGAAAUUGGCUCAGAAGUUCGCCAGUCUCAACCCAGACCUGUCCAAACUUCAUAAAAUUAGAGCAUUCACAGUGACAGCCAUUGCCCAGAUGUGUAUACUUGGUCUCAUGUGGGUGUUUGGGGCCUUUAUGUUUGAAAACGCCGCCAACUCAGCUGUGGCGUAUAUUUUCACUAUCCUCAACGGGCUGCAGGGGGCGCUGGUGUUCCUCAUGCACUGCUUAUUGUCUAAACAGGUACGAGAUGAGUAUGCACGCAUCCUCUCAUGUAUCUGCAUAUCAGAGAAGAAAAGAUACUCAGACUUACUCAGCAGCACAAAUCCUUCCAGCAGCCAAUCACAAUCACAGGGGUCUCGGAGCGCCCAGAUCACAGGAGAGUCACAAAUCUGACGAGCAAGACUUCUCAGGCUCCAGAAACACCUCUUUACAACUUCAGUCAUUAUUAUUAUUUACUGUUAAAGUGUUGCUAUAAUGCAGAGAGUCCUGAACUGGAUUUGGGAUCCCAUGGUGUUAUAUAUGUCUGCAAACGUCUAAAAAGGACAAGUGUGUAUUAGCUGCUUAUUUCCUGGGAUUUGUAAACCCAACAAAUAAAUAGCUUAGACAGUUAUUUGGUAGUACUAGGUUUCAAAGACAUUAUUUUGACUGAAAAAUACUUUUUGUCUGAAUCUUUGCUUAAGUUUGUUAAAUGUAAUUUUUCUUAGUGAAGUAGAAGCCAAACGGUAAUGACUACAGAAUGUCCCUGUUUGAUAUAAUAUGAGCUCCAUAGUGGACAGUCUACAUAAGCAUAAGCUGUACUAGUUUUAGAGGGAGAAAAUUCUUCUAUUUAUUUUUUAACAAAGUCUAUAGCAAUGUAUUGAAAGUGUUGUUGUUUUUGUUGUUGUGCUUGCUGUAUGUGUUUUACAUUAUGUAUGUAUUGUGGGCAUACCACCUUGUUAAUUCCUGAUCUCGUGUGAUCUGGGAAGCUACGCAGGGAUGGACCAGGUGCCACAGUGAAGCAGCAGUGGUUCUAGUGCAAAGUGCUGUUGUGUCCUUAGGCAAGACACUUCACCCACCUUGCCAAGUAUGAAUGUAGUGUGCGUGUGUGUGAUUUGUGGUGGGCGGAGGGGCCGAUGGCACAGAUCGGCAGCUUCGGUUUACCCCAGGGCAGCUGUGGCCUCAAUAGUAGAUUACCACCAUCAAAUGAAUGAAUGCCUCUUAAACUUGGGAAACUAUUGGCUGAGUUUUAAACAACAAAAUAAGUGUUUUCUUUGUCACUUAUGGCUCUCCAUCUUUCAUAAAUGUUGCAUUUUGGGAAUUGCAGCUUUGCUUUAUUCAAUUAUCUGUAACAUUUUAGUGACCACAAGCAAAAAUAAGACCUGUUUAGAUGAUUACAAGGGAAUGGCCUUCCUGUUUGACCCGUAGUGUUUAUCCAGUUAAAUUCCUUGUUUCUUAUCACAUUUAUUUACAGCGUGCACAUACUGUCUGUCUGUAGAAACUGUAUCAGAACUUCUACUUGUCGUUGGGAGCUUUUGAUUUAUUUUGCUGCACUUUUUCUGUCUGAAAACUUGACACCAGCCUUACUGUUACAAUGCAAAGCAGUUUACACAUUGUAUAAAGCUAGAACUGUAAUAUAUUUCUUAAACUACAUCUUUUAUAGCUAUUGUUUUUUUGUCAAUCAAGUUUUAUAUUGCCUUAUAUUUUCCAACUUUCUUCUGGAUGUGUGCACCACUUUCUACAUGUGUAUAUAUAUUAUUGUUAUGACAUUGUGAAAAGCUUAAUGCCUUAUGAAGUAUCUUGUGAAUGUAAAAACUUCUACAAAGGUAUAUGAGCCUAUUUUUGUACUUUUUGUUGUAUGCUUGGUACUGUUUUUCCUCACAGAGCGAUUACACAGAUGUUUAAUAAAGCUUUUUUUUUUUAGCAAGU